AUGGCCGCGCCACCUCUGGCACAGAAGGAUGGUGAUGGCUCUCGUGCCUCUGCGGCUGAGUCAUCCUCGCGAGACUCUGAGGCCCGGCCUCAGGAGAAGGAGGUCUUUGUAGCCAAGCCGGCUCCAGAGGCGGUCGCCCUCAGCUCGCCUGCUGAGAUCCCGAAGGCUCCGGAGCCCCCGGCCCCGUCUGCCACUGCUAACACGCCGAUCCUGGCCCCGACGCUGCCUCCUCCCCCUUCCAUCACGCCGCUGGGCCGUGAUUCUUCUGCUUCACCUGAUGCUCUUGAGGAGGCUCUUUCCGCACUGACCCAGCUUAGCGAAGACCUUCAAGGCGCCAACCGUUGCCUGACGUCAGGGCGCCUGGAGUUGAUCUCGGGAUGGCUACGAUCCGAUGCAUCCGUCAAGGCGGUGUGGAGCCAGUCCGUAGCAGCCUCCGAGGAGGUUGAACGGGCUGCCAGCUUGGCCGCGGCCCCCUGCGACGCUGCGUUGAAGGACAUCGCAGCUGCUGAGGAGCACUGUCGGGUGCUGAAGGCCGAGAUGGAGGCCCUGCGCACCGAACGUGUCACCGAGGCCUGUCAGCGUGAGGUGCGGGAGGAGGAGCUGAAGGCUCGAGAAGACACGGUCGCCGGUCGUGGCACCGAGAUGGAGCAACCGCCUGGAGAAGUUGAAGAAGGAGGAGGAGGGGGAGAAGGCCUGGCUGGAGGCCCAGGAGAACAUCCUUGCCCACGAUUGUGCCGCCUUCGAUUCUCUUGA